UAUAUAUUAUCUAUGAUAACCGUUAAAAAAAAAAUAAAAAUAUCGAUGGUUGAUAUUGGACAUUUUGGUUUUCAGCUUUCAUAGCUCUUGCUAUUUUUUAAAAAUAUAUAUACAGUAUAAACAUAGGCUUCUACCAUCUGCAAAGUAAAUACUAAUUCAUCAACUUUUAUUAAUUCAAAUUUUAAUGGCCAUGUAACAGUGAAAAUGUUCUUUUCUGUAUUUAAAUUAAUAAUGAUUAAAAUAAUUACAAGAGUACCAUUACUUGGAUCAUAUAUGAAAUUACGAGCUCGACAAAUUGAUAUUGUGGAUACAAUUGAACAAUGUGAACAAAUAGCUGUCAAAUUUGAAAAAUCUACCACUUACUUGCCAAUUCUCGGACUAGAUUGUGAAUGGGUGACACAAAAUGGAAUUCGUCAUCCUGUGGCAUUGUUACAAAUUUCUGACAACAAUGGAAUGUGUUCUUUGAUUAGAUUGUCUAAGUUCAAAACUAUUCCAUCAUCUUUAUCUGACAUUCUGAGCAACUCUAAUAUAAUUAAAGUUGGUGUUGCUAUUAUGGACGAUGCUCAUCUACUAAUGAGCGAUUAUAAUAUCAAUGUAUCUGGAUGCAUUGAUUUAAGAUACUUAGCUCAAGAAUGUUGUGUAGAAGAAAGAAGUUUGGCAGCUCUUGCGUAUAAAUUGCUGGGAUGUACAUUGGAUAAAGAUUGGCAAGUUCGAGCUAGUGAUUGGGAAGCUGAAGAAUUGAAUGAUCGACAAACUGAAUAUGCAGCAUUGGAUGCUUAUGUAGCUGUCAAGAUUUUUGAACAAUUGAGAAAUAAAAAAAUAUCAUGGUGGAAUUGGUUAUUUUUAUCAGACAAACAAAAAUGGGAUAUGGUUACUAAUAUAUACUCUAAUUAUAAAGAUCUACCAUAUCAAAAUGUUCGAAGUAAUGGAAACACAAAAUUUAAACCUAAAUCUAAUGUUCGUUCAUAUUCAACUUCAACAAUUAAAUCUACUAAAGUGUAUGAUAAUUGCUUGAUGGAAAAUGUUGACGGAACUGUGAUGUCAACUUGUAGUCAUAAAAAAGUUGAUUGGUAUAUAUCUCAAGGUUUAGCUAAAUUGGUUAAUGAUGAUCCAAAAACUAUAAGACUUAACUUCCCAGCUGACUUGAAAAAUAGAAAAGACGAUUUUUCUGUUCUUCCUCGGGAAAAUAUUUGUACAGUUUGUGGUCGUUCCGAACAUUUUCGCAAGAAAAGUAUCAUACCAAAAGAAUUUGUUCGACAUAUGCCAACUGAAUACAAAAGUCAUAUACCUCACGAUACAUUGCUUUUGUGUUAUUGGUGUCAUAUCAAAUCAAAUGCUUUUGAUUUCAUAAUACGUAAAAAAAUAUUUAAUAUAUGUCAAAUUGAAGAACAAAAUCCUAAUGAAAACCAAAAAAUUCCAGCAUAUGUGAAAAUAAUGAGAUCAAAAAGUCUUGCUAAAACUCUUUUAAAAUCUCGACAUUCAUUACCAGAUAAAAUAGCAAAUGAAUUAAGACUGGAAAUUGCAGAAACAUAUAAUAUGAAACCAAAUCGAGUGUUUGAUACAUUUCUUGAAACUUUACUCACCAUCAAAUCUAUAAAGUAUGAAAAUGACUGCCAACAUAACAGUGCUGCAGAAAAAGUAGUAAAACAUUUUUUGGAACGAGAUGCAAUAAGUGAAUUAAAAGCAAUAUGGAGACAGCAUUUCCUCGAUACAAUGAAACCAAAACAUUUACCUCCUUUAUGGUCAGUUAAUUAUGAUGGGUAAAAGAAAUUAUACAAAACUGAAGAUAAUGUUAAUAAUUUAAAUUUAAAAAUAUAUAAGUAUAUACAUUUUUAAAAGUUUUAUUUUACAUUUUAAUUAGUUAUACAGUUUAAAAUUAUUUACUAUAUUAUACAAGAAAAAAAGCAAAAGAUAUUUAAGUUACUUAUCUUACCAAUUUUUAUUCCUCUGUAAGUUCUUGUUGCUCUCACUUUACUAUAGUGUUAAUCAGUGGCGCAAAUCUAGGGGAGCAGGAGGGGCAACUUUUCCCCUUCAUACUGUUAACUCACAAUGUAAAUUAUAUUUUCUAUUUGUAUUUGAUACAUUUUAUUAUUAUUUAUACAUAAAUGAGUACUCCAAAAUUUUUUUUUAAUAAGUGGGUAUUGAAUACUUUUGUUUUGUCCUUCCUUCCCCCCAUAAUUUGAAUUAGUUUGCGCCUCCGUUGUUAAUUAGUAAUUUUGAUGAGAAAAAAAUAUAUAACAGUAUAUAAUAUAUAUUUUAAUCUAAAUACAAUUUAAUGUUAAAAUGACAAUACUGAAAAAUAUAGAUAUACAUAAUCAAUAAACCAUACAAUAUAUUAAGUCUACACAAAAUGAAAAAAUUAAAAUUAAAUACCAUAAUACUAAUAGAUAAAUUAUACAUUUACUUUUAAGUCAACUUGUGUUUGACUGCAUUCGUACAAAAAAAAAAAAAAACGGUCAAGUGUAAUGCUCUGCUGUACAGUAGGUAACAAGUGGACCUCGGAUAUAUAUUCCAGUGGGUGGUGAAAAAGGUAGUUUAUGUUUUAAUGACCAAUGACCUGAAAUCUGAAUACCUCAAAAUUAAAUCAUGUACAGAAAAUGGCAAUUUAACAACUGGUGUGUAUUUCAAGUUUUUACGACUAGUAAUUUUUACCUUUAACAAAAAUCUAAAAUUAGAUAUUUGAUAGUAAAUUGUAAUUUUACCCGUGAAUUUUUAAUUUUGUGAAAAUUUAAGCUUAAGAUAAUUUUUUUUUUAUUUGGUCAGUGAUCAACUUCUUUUAUAACUAUUGUAAGCCAAACUUAAGGAAAACCUUGUAUUACAUUUUCAAUUCUAAGCUAAUUAUACAAAAUUAUUUGCAAAUA